UAUACUCCACUCACCUACAUCUCUCUACUUCACAAUUCUCCUCCUUCUCUCUAACCACCAAAGAAGUUCAGAUUUUCUAAAUUCAAUCCCUAAAUCUGUUUUCAUUCUUUCAGCAACAGCAACACAACCUGAGAUCACCACAGAACCUCCUCCCCAAGCUGUUCGAUCCAUCCUUACGCCUCCUUAAGUGUUGAAGUGGUACCAUUCUUCUGUUGAGAGCUGAUCUUGCUUGGGCUUGGUUGUGGGAAGAAAGUAAAAAGCCUGAGAUUGCAGAAGCUUCCCAGGUGAAGGUGGAAACGCAAAACGACCUGAGAAAGACGCGUCACAGAUCUGUUAGUGCGAUAGGAGGACGCAGCAUCCACACCCGAAACGGACACAAACUUGCCUAGGCACUGCAUGUUUGAAAUGGCUUUGUCACUGUGGAGAAGUCGCACUGCUUCAUCAACACUGAACUUGUUAGCCAAUACUCUUCGCAGAUUCUCUUCUGAGGUAACAAACACCAGUGCUCAAAGAACGCGAGAGAGUAUGAUGAAUCAAAUGAUGUAUUCUGACAUAAACUCACGAAUUGGGAGUUGCAUGCCACUGUCUGCAAUGCGAAUUGGAACAAUCAUUCACAACAUUGAGUUGAACCCAGGGCAAGGUGGCAAGCUUGUCCGAGCUGCAGGAACCAGUGCAAAGAUCUUGAAAGAGCCCACAUCAGCAUACUGUUUAAUCCAGAUGCCCUCCGGUGUUAAAAAGUUAAUUGAUUCUCGGUGUAGGGCCACCAUCGGUGUUGUAUCUAAUCCAAGCCAUGGAGAUCGCAAGCUUAGGAAGGCCGGUCACAGCCGAUGGCUUGGUCGGAGACCGGUUGUUCGAGGAGUGGCAAUGAAUCCGGUAGAUCAUCCUCAUGGAGGAGGAGAGGGUAAAAGCAAGAGUAGUGGAAAAUGGGGGAAAGGAUCUCGCACUCCUUGGGGCAAGCCAACCAAGAGUGGCUAUAAGACAGGACCCCUAAAGCGCAGAAGGUAGUAUUAGUAUAUGCAACAUUCAUUAUAGCUGCUUCUGAUGCUUAACAUGCUUGUAAUAAGUGUGGAAACUGUUAGAAAAUUCAUGGAACUGAUUAGAUUCAGAUAAUGUGAAUGUUAUGGGUUCAGAUUUUAUUGUUGCUUAAGUAAAAUGUUUUUGCAUUUUCUCUGCACUA